UAAAAAAAAUGAAGUCAUGAGGCGAGUAGCAGCAGAAAAUAAGGCUUUGUUUUGCCUCUUUACCUUCCAGAUCCGGUGAUCAACGUCAUCUCACCUGAUUAUUAUUCAAACCAGAACGAAAACAACCUCUUCUACCGCAAAAAAAACCGUCACUCACCGUCGCCAAUAAUUUAAUCACAACACAAAAAUUUACAAUUUUUUUAUAAAACACUUCACAAUCGUAAGGUCAAAUUCCUUUUAUCAUCCUCAAUCAUCAACCAUUAUGUCACAAUUCACCACAUCAUCACCGUCACCCACUACCGGUAGCCUGAUGUUAUCAAUUUUUAUGCUGUUCAGUAAUCUGUUAUUUGUUUAUGCGAUCGUCGAUGAUCCAACGGCUGUUAUUCUUCUUCCUCCACAUGCCGGUAGCAAUCGCCACACAAUGUUUCUACCUCUUUUUCAUUCAAACCCUAACUCUACUCGUGUCUCGUACGGAAAAUCUCGUCGUCACCUCCAGAAAUUGGAUACUCAUCGAUCUAACGCGCGGAUGGCUCUGCAUGAUGAUCUUCUAUCCAACGGGUAUUACACGACGAGGCUGUGGAUCGGAUCCCCGCCGCAUAAGUUUGCUCUUAUAGUUGACACGGGGAGUACGGUUACGUAUGUUCCGUGCUCUACUUGUGAACAAUGUGGCAAGCAUCAGGACCCAAGGUUUGAUCCAGAUUCAUCCAGCACGUAUGAGCCUAUGAAAUGCAAUAAUGAAUGCACAUGUGACAAUGCCAAGAAGCAAUGCAUUUACGAAAGGCAAUAUGCUGAAAUGAGUUCCAGCAGUGGUGUCCUUGGUAAAGAUAUUAUAUCAUUUGGCAACCAAAGUGAACUUUCACCUCAACGGGCCACUUUUGGCUGUGAAAAGUUGGAAACUGGUGAUCUGUACACUCAACGUGCUGAUGGAAUAAUGGGUUUGGGCCGUGGUGAUUUAAGUCUAGUUGACCAACUUGUUGACCAAGGUGUAAUAAGUGAUUCGUUUUCUUUAUGUUAUGGUGGAAUGGAUACCGGUGGUGGUGCCAUGAUUCUUGGUGGUAUUUCUCCCCCCUCCGGGACCGUGUUUGCCUACUCAGACCCUGUACGCAGCCCAUAUUACAAUAUUGAGCUGAAGGAGUUACAUGUUGCUGGGAAGCGGUUGCCUUUAAGUCCUAGCGUAUUUGACGGAAAGCAUGGAACGGUGCUCGACAGUGGAACAACAUAUGCAUACCUACCAGAAGCUGCUUUUCUUGCUUUUAAGGAUGCUAUCAUUAAAGAACUACAUUCUUUCAAAAAGAUCAGAGGUCCUGAUCCAAGUUAUAACGACAUUUGCUUCUCUGGUGUUGGAAGUGAUGUCUCAAAACUCUCGGAAACAUUUCCGUCAGUUGAAAUGGUUUUCGGGAAAGGACAUAAGCUGUCACUAUCCCCUGAGAACUACUUGUUUAGGCACUCAAAGGUGCGUGGUGCUUAUUGCCUGGGGAUUUUUCAGAAUGGAAAGGAUCCGACAACUCUUUUAGGAGCCAUUAUCGUCCGCAAUACUUUUGUUACAUAUGACCGUGAACAUGCCAAGAUUGGGUUUUGGAAAACCAAUUGUUCUGAUCUUUGGGCAAGACUUCAUGAUUCUGAUGUGUCCCCUUCCGCACCAGAUAACUCACAUUUAAGUCCAGAUGUGUCUCCGUCUUCAGCUCCAACAGUGAGCCCGUAUCAUAUUUCUCCAGGGUCUAAAGUUGGAAGCAUAAUAUUUUACAUGUCGUUGAAUGUUAAAUACUAUAAGUUGGAACCCCACAUCGUAGAACUUACUCAUUUAAUUGCGAUGGAGUUAAAUGUUGACAGUUCACAGGUUAACUUAUUGGAUUUUACAGCCGAGGCAAAUGGUUCUCUUACAAUAUGGUCCAUCACCCCGCCGAAACCUGCUGAAUAUAUGUCCAAAGCAGCCGCAUCUAAUAUUAUUGCUCGAAUAGCUGAAGAUGAGAUACACCUUCCUAAAAUCUUUGGAAAACAUCGUAUAUCCAAUUGGUAUAUUGUAUCCGAUCCAAAUAGACCAUGGUGGCAAAAUCACAAGGUUAUGGUCGUAAUAUUCGUUCUGCUUUUAGUUUUUGGAUUUUCGGGUUUUGUGGUAUGGUGGCUACAGAGAUACAAACGCCAAGUUAGCAUUCCUUACAAGCCUGUAGAUUCAGCUGUGCCUGAACAAGAACUUCAACCUUUCGGAUUUCAAACAAAUUACACGGCGUGAAAUCUUGACAUGUGGCCUUGGAUGGAUGGAUGGAUUAACAGGAUCAUUGCCAACAAGGUGGUGAUUAAAGUUUCGCUUAUUGAUACUGAUUACAUAUACCAAAACUCAAUCAUGUCUUGUUAUAAAUUUCUUAUAAUUAGUGUAUAAGUACAUGCUUGAAUUAUUAAUAUGUGGAUAGCUUCAUAGUUUAAAAGAUGAAGUAAAAUAAUUCACAGGCUUUUCUUUCUU